AGUCUUUCCCCCGCUGUCGUUUAUCAGCUUGCAGAGCAAUACUUCGCCGCCCUCUCUUUUAACGCUCUCCGUAGUAGCGUCAUUCGCUAUGUAACCAUUAUUUCGGAUCGCCGAGCCGAUCAGCCCCCGAUCCGCAUUCCGCUUGGCAACUUCUGCUUCUCAGGCGUGCAGCUUCUCCUAGCUCAGCCUCCGCCCCCUCGGUGCGCUCCCUCCCUCGCCGUGUGGCUGGCUGGCAGGAAGGAUGGGAGAGAGGGAGGGAGUGAAUGAGCGAGCGAGCGAGCGAGCUGCAGAUGAGGGUUAAAGGUGCUGCUGGCUGGGAAGUUUGAAGAAGGUCGCCGCUUGUGAGCUCCAGCAGCAUCAUGGCGGAGCAGAGCGGCUCGCCCGUGCACGUCCAGCAGCCCCAGCCGGCGCCGCUUGCACCGCCCCCGACUCCUACUCCCGCACCUCAAGCCGUCGGCUGGCCCAUUUGCCGGGACGCCUAUGAACUGCAGGAGGUGAUCGGCAGUGGUGCUACCGCCGUAGUCCAAGCAGCGCUCUGCAAACCCAGGCAGGAACGCGUAGCAAUAAAAAGAAUCAACUUGGAAAAAUGCCAGACCAGUAUGGAUGAAUUGCUUAAAGAAAUCCAAGCCAUGAGUCAAUGCAGCCAUCCCAACGUAGUUACGUAUUAUACAUCUUUUGUGGUCAAGGAUGAGCUUUGGUUGGUUAUGAAACUACUAAGUGGAGGCUCAAUGCUGGAUAUAAUAAAAUAUGUAGUGAACAGAGGAGAGCACAAGAGUGGUGUCCUUGAGGAAUCAAUAAUAGCAACAAUUCUGAAAGAAGUUUUGGAAGGCUUAGACUAUCUACACAGAAAUGGGCAAAUCCACAGGGAUUUAAAAGCUGGUAAUAUUCUUCUGGGUGAGGAUGGCUCUGUACAAAUAGCAGAUUUUGGAGUUAGUGCAUUUUUAGCCACAGGAGGUGAUAUGACCCGUAACAAAGUAAGAAAGACAUUUGUUGGUACUCCAUGUUGGAUGGCUCCUGAAGUCAUGGAACAGGUGAGAGGCUAUGACUUCAAGGCUGACAUCUGGAGCUUUGGAAUAACAGCCAUUGAAUUAGCCACAGGGGCAGCACCCUACCACAAAUACCCUCCAAUGAAAGUAUUAAUGCUGACCUUGCAAAAUGAUCCUCCAACACUGGAAACAGGAGUAGAAGAUAAAGAAAUGACAAAGAAAUAUGGCAAGUCCUUUAGAAAACUAAUUUCGUUGUGUCUUCAAAAAGACCCUUCUAAAAGGCCUACGGCAGCAGAACUUUUAAAAUGCAAAUUCUUCCAAAAAGCAAAGACUAGAGAAUACUUGAUUGAAAAACUGCUUACAAAAACACCUGAUAUAGCACAGAGGGCAAAAAAG